AAAUUUUAGGCGGCUAAAUUGAACGGAAACUCGAUAAAAGCGGCGCGAAUCAUAAAGAAUAUAACAAAAUCUAUAUAGAUAUAUUGUGUAAUAUAUACAUAUAUAUAAAUAUUACACAGCUUGCGCGGCAGAGUCGACUCUCCUCUUGAUUUCCUUGUUACUCUUAUUCACGAUCUUCACCAGUACACUCUCUUGACAUCCGUGUAAAAUAUGACCAGGGCUAAAAUAGAACUCGGAGAUGUGACCCAGCACAAUAUUAAACAAUUAAAAUUACUUAAUCAAGUUGUAUUUCCCGUAUCAUACAAUGAAAAAUUUUACAAGGAUGUCUUGGAGGCUGGUGAACUUGCAAAAUUAGCUUACUACAAUGAUAUUGUGGUUGGAGCAGUUUGCUGUAGAGUUGACACAUCGGAAAAUUCACGAAGAUUGUACAUAAUGACGUUGGGAUGUUUAUCACCAUACAGAAGACUUGGUAUUGGUACAGUUAUGGUACAACAUGUAUUAAAUUAUGUACACAAGGAUGGAAACUUCGAUUCAAUAUUUCUGCAUGUUCAAGUAAACAACGAAGGAGCUAUUGAUUUUUAUAAAAAAUUUGGGUUUGAAAUUGUUGAAACAAAACAACAUUAUUACAAAAGAAUUGAACCUGCAGAUGCACACGUUUUACAAAAAACAUUACGUCCUCAAAUAAAUUCAAACCAUCAAAUUUCAAUUUAACAAGAUUAAUACGUAAACUAAUAAUAUAAACAAACAAACAAAAGUAAAAUACUAAAUUAAACUCAAUUAUCGUGAAUAAUAAUAUCACAUUUUACGAUUAUCUUGACCUGGUUAUUAUAUUUUAUUCUGUUUAGUUAUUACUUUUAACUUUUUUUUUUUUUGUUUAUCCGCUGUACAAAAUGUCAAUAAAAUAUUCUUUUUUUUCUUA